AUGGCUCAAAAACCCAGAUGGGGCGAAUUGGAGGAAGAAGCUAAUGGUGGUGACUAUGACUAUUUGUUGCCGCCGAAACAGCGCGCCAUGGAGAGGCGUUCUUGGCCUAAGUUCGGUGAUGCCGUUCAAGAGGACGUCGGUGCCAAACUCACCAUGGUUUCUACCGAGGAAAUCAUCUUUGAGCGACCAAGGGCUCCAGCUCUGCUGAAGCAACAAGGUGCUUUUGCCAAAGGUCAGACAAAAACGGCUCCUGUAGAGGAGGAAGUUCCACCUUUGCAUGGAGAAAAUGGAAAAAUUGAGGUAUGGCGUAUUGAUGGUGAAGAAAAGACGGAAUUACCCAAGGAGGAUAUUGGAAAAUUUUACAGUGGAGAUUGCUAUAUUUGUCUUUACUCCUACCAUUCUGAUGAAAAGAAAGAAGAUCACUACCUUUGUUGUUGGAUUAGGAAGGAUAGCAUCCAGGAGGACCAAAAAACAGCUGUUCAACAAACUACUUCAAUGUUCAACUCUAUAAAAUGCCAUGUAUGA